AUGGCCAAGUCCGCCGAGUCCACGAGGGGCAGGAGAUUGAGGAGAUCGCGCAACGUGUCCUCCUUCUUCGAGGAGUCGACGGAGGAAGCGAUGCCGCCGAAGACGACGAUGAACGUCGUCGUGGACGUUCACAAUGGAGGCGAAAGCACAACAACGGGCAGCCGACAGCAUCAGCAACGAGACGAUAAGAGCAAUCUCGCGAUCGAACUUUCGGACAACACGGCGACUAAACGACCGGCCGAACGAGCCUCGCAAAACUCCAAACCGUCCUCACGAGCGAGCGAAGGCCCUCGGAAUCGCUCGUCCGAUCGCAGGAGUUCCUCGAAGGAGAUCUCCAAGCACGAUGAUUUGAUGGUGGAGUCAUUGGAUCUGAUAGAGGAAUUCGAGACGCCGAGGGGGAGGAACGAGCCUCUCGAGGAGAAGCCGCGGCGCAGGAAGCAGUGGAGCACCGUGGCGAACGUGACGAGCGAGACGGAAGCGGACCCGAAGAGGCCGCCGCGGAAACGCUGGUCCAAGGACGCCAGCGUGAUCCGGUUGCCCGAGACGAGCGACGACGCGUCCCCGUUGAUCGACGAAGCACGCAAAACGCCGGUCCCGGCGCCGCGGAACCUGCGACGCAGCGACGCUCUCCUCUUCGACAAUCCGGCGUUCGUGUCCGACAACGAGGACGAGGUGCUGCGAAUCGAGACCGAUCACAAUCGGGAGAGCACCAAGAUCGAAAUGAGGAGGAUGAGCGACCGCUCGAACAUCGAGGAUGCGGACGAUCAGGCUGCAGAGAUCACGUCCGGUGGCUCUUCGAGAAAGCAUCGGCGGGAAGCGGCGACGACGAGCGAGCGUCUCGCGGCGGACAGCGACGGCCGUUCCUCGAAAGCGAGAUCCUCGGGUAGUCGAAGCAACAGCGUUGGGGAACUCGACUCGUCGGUGAGGAGUCCCCUGAGGAGGAUCACCGACGUUCGAUCGAGCUCGACCGCCUCCGAGGAGCGAGCCUCGAGCAGCCGAAAAUCCAAAUCGGAGAUGACACGCGAUCGAUCGUCGAGGAGGGCAGAGCGAUCGUCCAAGAAGAAGGGCGAGGACGUGUUCGCCAGCUCGUCCGCGAGGGAUGCGAAUUCGAUAUUAACCGCGGCGGAGGCGAACGCGAGGGCCAGAAAGAAGAGGAAAAAGAAACGUAUAAGGCAGGAAAGGGAGGCGGCGACGGAGAAGGAAGAGAAAGAGAUGAAGUUUAUCUCCGUGACGAUUCACCGGGCGGACGUGCUUGAGGCCGAUUACGUGAGCGUGAGGCGACCGAUGGUCAGGGUUCAUAUCGUGGACGCUCGCACGGGCUCGUACCUGAAGAGCACGACGGAGAACGGCGGCCGGUAUCUUCAGCCGUUGAUCACCGGCAAGUUCGACUUCAAGAAAAAUAGGUCGAUGAUCCCGGUCUGGGAAGAGGAGCUCAUCUUCGAGCAUGACUUCAACGCGAUUAUGAAACACGGGGACGACGAACAGGUGGUGAUUCUCUUCGAGGUGAUAGAGCUCCUGAGCUUCGCCGACGCGAGCCUCAGUUACGACAAAAUUGGUAACGAAGGAUGUUGGAACAAAAUCGCUUGGGCAUUCCUCAAGCCUAUAGGAGUCAAUGAUAUUUUUCAUGUAGACAAGAAGGUGCGACUGCAACUUUAUAAACCCAGACGGAGCUUUAAAAAACACGGAAGACAAAAGUGCGAGGUUUACAUCUGGUGGCAGUCAAACAAUAGGGACAAGUAUCCCAGCAGUCUUCAGGUAACAGUGACAUCAGUUCCACCGCCGAAACUCGAGCCUGUGCUCUAUCAAAAGCUGCCGAUAAACAGCCUCCUUAACAAUGAGACGCGAAACGACUCCCGGGGUCUCUCAAAAUGUACGUCAGAGUCGAUAGCUCUUCCUAAAUGGGCGCGUUUGGCCGCUCAGUCAUGCAAAAUCCCGAACGAGAAGAUGUUCGAGACGGAAGUGAGCGAAAGGGGCUGCUUCUACGUCGCCUUCAGCAACGACGGCAAGUAUCUUGCCUGCGUCCAUUCCGAGGAGUACUAUUACCCGAUUGUUGUAUACGAGGUCGAAACCGGCAAGAUCCACGUUCGAUUCCUCGGUCACAAAACUUUCGUGUACUCUCUAAACUGGUCCAGCGACGAUCAUUGCCUGUUGUCGACGUCCGCGGAUCAAACGGCACUUAUCUGGGAUGUCCGCAACCAGAUCGUGCAGCACAUCGAGAUGCUGCCGCAUCCUUCGUAUGUUUAUUGCGCCAAGUACGGACCCGGCAAUACGACGAUCGUGGCGACGGGAUGUUACGAUCGAGUAGUUCGCAUUUGGGCGAGCUAUUCGAUCGACAGGAGGUCAAAGAAGCGAGAGCUGAACCAGGAAUUGGAAGGCCACGAGGGUUUCGUCAAUUCGAUGGUUUUUCAAAAAAACGGUAACUUAAUUACCGCCGACAGUGUGGGAUUGAUAAUCCUCUGGACGAUCCGCAGAGACAGUAGGGUACCGUCGAAGAGGAUUGGGUGCAUCUCGCGGAAGAUAAAAAUCCGCGAGAUCGAGGGUGUCGUUAUCAACACGAUCGUCCUGCAUCCCCUCGAGUCCAGACUCCUCGUGCAUUCGAGAGACAAUGGCCUGCGAAUGCUGGAUCUCGCGACCGGUGUGGUAUUGCAGAAGUACAAACGGCUGAACAAUCAAAGAAUACAAUUGAAGGCCUGUAUAUCGCCCUGCGGUGGAUUCGUUAUAUGCGGUAGCGAGGAUUCCAUAUUGAAUAUCUGGAAUUUGGAGACGGGUAAACACGUAGCUAGGUACACGAAUCCUGGACGUAACUCGGCCAGGAUGAUCGUCUCCUGCGUGGAUUACCAUCCGUACGAUCACGUCUUGGCGUAUUCGAUAUUCGGCACUCCCGCGUCAGUUCGUGUUCUGCGAUACAAUAAAAACACGAGCGGCGGCGACGUUGGACUGCAUCUUCUGGAAGACGCGUCGCAAACCCCUCGGGGUAACGAGGUGAUCCUGAAUGCCACGAGCUGCGGUCAUCCAUCUCGACGAGAUAAACCCGAGAGCGAGAGGAGAAAAAUCCUCCCUCCGUCUCGCCAGUUAACAGCCGAUCACACGGUAAUACAAAUCGAAAAUGAUUACGGACAACCGUGGACGAUGCCGCACCGCUCGAGAGAAAUGGAGCGGAACUGGAGAAAGAAGAGCUGGGACCGACUGCACAGCGUCAUCGAGAAGAUCGACUUGAUGUUGUUCGGGAAUUCGAUGUUCUUCGAAGACGUCGCCAAACAGAGUACGAGCAUGAACGAGCGCUGCGACUUCUGGACCAACGCGACCAACGACUUCGCUCUUCGAGGAGAUAUACCUCUCGAAGACCGCGCCGCGAGAUCCCAUCACGAUGGUUCCCUCGGGAAUGGUAACAACAUUCAGUCCAGCUUCACAACUUCCAAGAGUCCAACACCAGAUUGUUCGUUCAAUUUUCGCAAUUCUCCGUUCAAAAAAGCAGACACACCCGCGGAGUCGUCGCACGCAAGCUCCCCGGACAGCGCCGGCACUUACGUCGUGGAAACGUCGAAUCUCCACAAAGAUGUCGAGGUUGUUGCCGCAGCCGAGAAGACGGGUUCCGUCCAAGCGGUUGAAAGCGAUGGAUUUAUAGAGACAUAUCUAAAUAGCUCACGGAUCAGUGUUCCAUUCGUCAUAGAAAAUGAGCGAGCAAAUUGCAGAUCAAUAGAAAAAUAAAAAUAUUUGUUACAAAUAAAGAAUUCGUGAGAAUUUCUAAUGACACGGCUUACAAUAUGGCAAAAAAGUAAAUUAUUCCAAUCCAGGUCAGAUCACGUAUUCGAAGCGACUAAUCAAGUAAUGUUCAACAUACGUAUGUGUGUAUGUUGUAUGUAUGUGCGCACAUGCGCGUAUAUAUGUACUAACAUAUAUAUAUCUCAAUAUACAUAACAUAUAGAAAUUAUAUAUGUAUUUUUUUAUUUGCAGACAUAUGGAAUGCUGUCACUUAGUUAAUAUAUUAUACACAGCCAAUCUUUUGUCGUCAGACAAUCAUACUGUUUCGUUUAAUAAACCCUGCGAAGUUAAACGACAAAAAAAAAUUAAAAGGAAUACAACAUAGUGUUGUUAAAGAAUACUCUCGACAUAAAAUUAAUGUCUUCAAAAAAUACAACAAAAUUAUAAUAAAACUUCUCUGUAAAUAAACUGCACUUCGUUACAAGUUCAACAGUAAUUACAUCUCUGCCUAUGUACGACAACAAAAACUUGAAAUUCAUAACGUUAAGAAAGACUAUCGUAAUAUGUGCGUAUAACUGUAAACAAGCCUUUAUACGAAAAAGCUCCUUCGAUAAAUUCUGCUGUGCGCAUGUAA